AUGCUGCUGCUCAAGACACUGGAAUAUCUGUUCUACUUGCUCUGGUUCUGUUUCCUCUGCAAAUAUGCCCAGGCGGCCAGCGUGCAGCCCACUGAGCCGGCGCCAAUACAAAUUGAGACUUUGCAGGCGCCCGCACAGAAGGUCAGCGCGCAGCUUGAGUGCGAGACAUCAAUGUUUAGUUGGAUGUGCUUGAAACUUGAGUUUGUAAAGAUUAUGGAGCGCCUGGCCGAGCAGCGGGUGCUGAAUGUGCUGCCCGGCGUCAGUGUGGUUAAGGAUGAGAAUGCCACAGAGCUCAAGACUUCAGAGCUGAUGGCGGAGGUGGCUCGCAGCUAUCCCAGUGAUCCCAAUACGCGCCUCAACGGCUACAUCUUGGCCAAGCUGCAGAAUAUGUUAAAGACGCGCUUUCUGCGCUUUCGCCUGAUGGACGACAAGAGUCUGGAGGAGGGACGCAAGCACAAGUUUGGCAAGAAGGGCGGCAUGGAGGCGCUGGUGGCAGCCGGUGUCAUGAUGAAGGGCAUGAUGAUGGCCAUGGGCAUGGGCGCCAUUGCUUUGAUGGCCGGAAAGGCGCUAAUGACUGCCCUAAUGGCAUUAACGCUGUCCGGCGUACUUGGUCUAAAGGGUUUGGCCGGCGGCGGCAAGUCGACCACUUACGAAAUUGUCGCCAAGCCCAUCUACACAUCCAGCCACUCACAUUCGGUAAGCCAUGAAGAUGGACAUGGUCACAGCGCGCACUUUGCUGGCGCCGCUGGAGGAGGCAGCGCCAGCGGCUACGGAUACGGAGGCUAUGCGCGCUCAAUGGACCUACAGCAGCCUAGUCAACUGCAAAGAUUAUAA